AUGGCAACGACGACGACGACGACGACGACGACGACGACGACAGUGAUCGGUUUUGCGAUUCGGCUGCUGUGGACGACAAACCUGUUGGCGAUCGCAGUCUCGUCCAACGUUCAGCGCACCAGCACCAGGCACGGCGAAGUCUGGUACGCGAACGUGACGGGCGAUCUGUUGCUGGGAGGGCUGUUCCCCGUGCAUCGUAAGGGCAACGACGGCAACAGCUGCGGCGAAAUUCAGACCGAAGACGGGAUUCAACCGCUGGAAGCGAUGCUGUACACGAUCGAGCGCGUCAACGAAGAUCCGAGGAUACUGGCGGGCGUACGACUGGGCGCGCUGGCGUUCGACACCUGCGACAACCCGACCUACGCGCUGCAGCAAGCGUUUUACUUCGUCAAGGGUUUCAUGGCGCGUGGCAAUCGACUCGGCGAGGAGGGCUACCGCUGCGAGGAUCGGAGCGUGGCAAAGUUCUUGGACGGGGAAUUGGAUCGGGUGGUGACGGUGCUCGGCGCUCAGUCGAGCUCGGUCACCAUUCAGGUGGCGUCGGUGCUGGCUCUGUUCCCGGUUCCGCAGAUCUCGUACAUGGCCACGUCGCCGUUUCUCAGCAGCAAGGAGAGGUUCCCGCGGUUCUUCCGCACGGUGCCGAGCGACGUGAACCAGGCGCGAGCGAUGCUGGAGAUUCUUCGCGAAUUCAAGUGGUCGUACGUGUCGGUGGUUUACACGGACUCGGAGUACGGGGACCACGGAUACGAGACGCUGACUUCGUUGGCCAGCGAGUACUCGAUAUGCUUCAGCGCGCCACAUCGAAUCAGCGACGAUCGCUUCACCGAGAAGGAUUACGACCAUGUGAUCCUCACGAUCGCCGAGAAGACGGACGUUCGAGUGGUGGUUUUGUUCGCGGAGAAGUCGGCGACACUGCGUGUGCUGGAGGCGGCGAGGCGAGUCGGCGUUGGUUCGCGGUUCGUUUGGUUGGGCAGCGACUCGUGGCCGGAUCGUCGGGACGCCGUGGUCGCCGAGGACACGAUCGUGUUGGAGGGAGCACUGGCGGUUCAGCCGCUGUACGCGCCACUAUCGGGCUUCGACGAGUACUUUACCGGACUGACGCUCGACCACGAACGCAACAAUCCUUGGUUCCGUGAGUUCUGGCGAAUUUAUCACGGUUGCACGGAUAACGACGAGACCGACGACAAAGUCGGCGGCGAGCGUGUCGCCUGUCGGGACCCGAGUUUGAAGAUCGAGCGGAGAAACGGCUACAAGCAGCGAAGGUUUCUGCACUUUGUCCGAGACGCGGUGUACGCGGUGGCUCACGCCCUCGACGACAUGCGAGCGGACGUGUGCGGCCGAGGCUAUGUGGGGCUUUGCGACGCGAUGCGUCCCCCGGACGUGGACGCGUUCGCCGGUUACCUGGCCAACGUCUCCUUCAAGGACGUGGUCGGCAACGGAUUUGGGUUCGUGGACGGGGUCGACGGGCCACCGAGGUACUCGAUCCUGAAUUAUCAGCGGACGGCGAACGGGACGUACCACUGGACGGACGUCGGGAAUUACACGCUGAACGAGGAAGGGCGAGCGGAGCUGCGGCUGGAUCGGAGGAGGUUGCGGUUUCGGGGCGAGUCGCUGCACCGGUUCCCCAACUCGUCGUGUUCCCAGCCGUGCGACUCGAAUCUCAUCAUGGUGAGGAACAAGGAGGACCCGUGCUGCUGGAGCUGCCAGAGCUGCGGCCUCUAUCGGUACAAGGUGGACGAGCAGCGGUGCGAAGAGUGCGCGCCGGGCACCGUCCCGAGGGGAAACGGCACCGGAUGCGAGCCCAUUCCCGAGCAGUUUGUCGACCACUCGAAUCCAUGGGCGAUCGUCGCCAUGGCGAUCGCGAUUUUCGGUAUGGCGCUGACCGGGUUCGUCUGCACGGUGUUUUGGAUUUACCGGGGCACGCCGAUGAUCAAAGCGUCCGGCCGAGAGUUGUCGUUCUUGUUGCUGACCGGGGCGUUCGGCUGCUUCUCGAUGACGUUCGCGGUGGUGGCCAAGCCGAGCGUCGAGAGCUGCGCGGUGGUUCGCUUCGGCAUCGGGUUCUGCUACACCGUUUGCUACGCCGCGCUCGCCACCAAGAUCAAUCGAAUUCACAGGAUAUUCAACGAUCCUGGCCACAGUCCGCGCAGACGACGGUUUACCAGUCCGACGUCUCAGCUGACGAUCGCGUCGAUCCUCGUCCUGAUAGAGACGGCGUUCGACGCUGGCUGGUUGCUCAAGGAACCACCGGCGAUCGAGCACUCGUACCCGAGCAGAGAUGCGAACGUCCGUGUUUGCCGAGACUCCGAGGACGGCUCCUACGUGAUCGGUCUUCUCUAUCCGUUCCUGUUGACGGUGGCGUCCACGUUCUACGCGGUGAAGACGAGAAAGUGCCCGGUGGGGUUCAACGAGACCCGAUGCAUCGCGUUCGCCAAUUACGCGACGAUCGUGCUCUGGCUGGCGUUCGUGCCCCUCUACAUGGCCUCGACCAGCAACGUCGUCAAGGUCAUCACGCUGGCGCUUUCUCUGUCGCUGAACGGGCUGGUGCAGCUGCUCUGCCUGUUUCUGCCAAAGGUUUAUCUGGUGCUGGCCAAGCCGGAGAAGAACACGAGGAAGCUGGUGAUGGCCAGACCGCCGGCGGCCGGAGGCUUCUCUCAGCCGACCACGCCCGCCACCGUCACGCCAGUCACGCCAGUCACGCCCGAGCCAAUGUCCACGUCGCCCUCUUUCCUCGAUUCCUCCAAAUUCCUCUCCAUCGACCGUUCUUCCCUCCGUUUCGACCAAAUUUCUCUCUGACUCGUUGCGACUCGCCUCGUUGUGUUCAUCCUUCGGCCUCGCUUCUUUCCAAAGAGAAGAAGCUCCUCUCGUCCAUCCUCUCUCGUCCACCUCCCGGUCCUCGUCGAGGGACGAAACGAAAUUGAAACGAGGUAAAACGAAACAUUGGUCGCGUUUAUUUGUUUGCUCGAAACCACAAACUGUCGAGAAAAAAAGAAAGAAAGAAAGAAAGAAAAGAAAAGAAAACAUGCCUUAAAACUAAAAAAUCGAUAUUCGUCGACGCGAUCGAUCAACGUUCAUUCUUUCCUCCUCCUGGCGCUUCGUUCGCUGGAAGACAUCGACACCUGAUCGUCGUGCCGAACCGAAUCGAA